AUGUUUUACGUUUUUGCAAAAGAAUACAUAUUGGCAGGAACAAUUGAAACGGUUGACAUCAUAAAUCAAUACGUUUUGGGAUUCAUACCAGGUGAAGAAAAGGAAUAUUUAAGUUCAGAUUCUGUAGACACUUUUGACGGUGAAGGAAAUGAAGCUUUUGAUGUUUUGACCCCGGAAUUUUUGAAUACACUUACAACUUCCGGUCUACCUAACCACAAGAUUAAAUUGAAGAUUGGGACCCCUAUUAUGUUGCUUCGAAACAUUGAUCAACCUGAAGGUCUCUGCAAUGGAACAAGGCUUAUAGUUACAAGAUUGACAAACCACGUUAUCGAGGCAAAGAUUAUAUCUGGAAAGAAUAUUGGAGGGGUUAUCUAUAUUCCAAGAAUGGAUAUGACUCCAACACAAUCUCCGUGGCCAUUCAAAAUGACUAGAAGGCAAUUUCCCAUAACUAUAUGUUAUGCUAUGACAAUUAACAAAUCUCAAGGUCAGUCAUUGGAUUAUGUUGGAUUGUAUUUGCCCAGAAGUGUAUUUAGUCAUGGUCAACUAUAUGUUGCAAUAUCAAGGGUCAAAAGCAAAAAAGGGCUUAAGAUAUUAAUCCAUGACAAGGAUAACCAUCCAUUGAAUUCUACAACAAACGUCGUGUUCAAAGAAGUUUUUGAAAACUUAUAG